UAUCAAGGGGCCGAAAAUGUAAUGGUCUAAUUUGGUGCAGGGGAGCCGACGGAGACUUGACACGGAAGUGUCAGUGGACGAGAGAGAGAGAGAGAGAGGGAGAGGCAGCGCCAUUAUUACGUUUGGAGCCCCUUUGAGCUCCUGCACAGUUCCGGACCUCCCUAACUCAGGCUUUGGAGCUUACUAAAGUUAGGGCGUUUUAGGGUUCUGACUUCGAAUAAUCAGUUUUAUUUUGUGCGUAUUAUUCUUAGUUUAAGAUUUUCCCGGGGAGAAGGAGAAGGCUUCACCUUUUGGUUGGCUUCGAGGCAGAGGCAGAGGCAGAGGCAGAGGCGGUCUGUUGACUCUGUGGUCGUGGGUCGCAGACUCACAGGCUUUUUCGUAUAAGAUGUACUUCCGGUCAUCAUCUUACCAAAAUGCAGGUAUUGAGCUGGUUUUGGAAUUCAAAUGGAUUGCAAGAAGUUCAUCCAGUUGGUUGAGGAGAAAAAGAAGAGGAUUCUGGAGAAGAAGGAAGCCCCCUUGAAAUGGGAACAGAAGCUAGAAGCUGCUGCAAAGGCAAAAGCUGAUGCUGAAGCAAAACAGAAGCAGCUGAAAGUUGCAAAGCACAAGGGAAAAUCCGCAUCAUCUGAUGAUGAUGACAGUGAUAGUGAUGCAGGGAGGACAGCAAAAAGGACUCACAGGAAGCAUGGCCACUCUGAUUCAUCUGGUGAGAAUGAGAGAAUGAAAGAUAAGAAAUUCAGGCGAAGGUCAAAGAAGCAUUCUACAAGAUCAGAGGAGGAUAGCAGUAGUGAUGAUUAUGAGAGUGGGUCAGAGGAAGAUAACAGGAAGAAGCGAGGUCACAAGAGGAGGCAUAGGCACCACCACAGUUCGAGGUGCAGUUUAAGUGAAUCAGAAUCUAGUGAUGAGAGUGAGGUAGAGCAUGCUAGGCAAAGUCAUGCUAGGCACCACAAGCAUCAUCGCCGAUCCAGUGAUUAUUCUGAUUCUGAUGGUAACAAACGUCGACAUGAAAGGCGCCACAAGCGCCAUAACAGAUCCAGUUUAGACGAUUCUAGCUCUUCGGAAUCCGAGCAUAAGCGAGAGAGGAGCCGGUACAUGGGGAAAUCAUCAGAUGACAACCAUGAUGAAUUAGGUAAACCAAAGAAGCAUAAGGAAUGGAAUCAAUUGCAUGGUCACCAUCACCGUCAUCAUCACCACCAUCACCACAACCUUAUCCAUCGUACGAAUGACAGUUGUGACCAUCAACCGCAUCAUUUGCUAGAACAGAAAGAAAAACAUUUGGAGAAUGGACAGCGCAGGGAGCAUUUGGACAUGGUGAAUGGGAUUAUCAACAAUGGUACAGAUCCGUAGUGAUGGUUGAAAACGGUGAUACACCUGCUGACGAUGAAUUUGAUUCAAACUCGUUAUUUUUGUUUUUUGUUAGGUUAACCUCAUUGCUCUAUCAAAAAAAAAAUCUCGUUGUUUCUGGGUGCUUGACGUGGAUAGCAACUGCCAGCUAGAAUGGAUUUAAACUGAAUUCAGAUUUCUUUCAUUCUUUAACCUUAAUGACAUUUUUUAUGCUGUUCUACAUUCUUCCA